UGUUAUCCUAAAAUGGCACAACAGCAUUGUUCAGGUCACUUUGCUAUCUCACAUAUACGUCUCUGAAAAUGCAGCUACGGUCCAGCGCCAGACAGGAUGUCCUCCAGAAUAUCGUUCGUGUCGCCCAAAUUAUCAGGUCCAUUGGUGCUGAUCGAUUUCUCGCUUCUCAUGAUAUUAUCUCACCCUCCAUCUCGCCUUCGCUGGCCCUACAACUCCCCGACGAUGUCAAACUGGAGCUUUCAAAUGACCGUGUACCCGCCACAUUGCGCAAUUCCCUUACCACAGCGGUCGGAGAGCUCCAGGCACAAUACUCUCUGGUCUAUGAGCAGACUUUGCACCAAACUAUGUCUGUCCCCGGUCCCAGGUUGUUUCACCUUCAGCAGCUUGGUUCUCUUUUCCAGGAUGUGUUCGCUACACAGACGUUGCCAGAUUUGAUGGGCCGAUAUAUUCGUGCAAAGAAUACGAUGAUGUCGCGUCUCAAGGACGCCGCACAAAGACAGGAAAGGGAAACCCGCCCUCAAUUCAACACUAACCAUACGCCCCUCCUGCUAAUGAUCUAUACCCACCAUACACCAUACCCCACCGCCGCCGAGCGCCUCGCCAUCGCAGAAUACACCCACAUGUCCGAACGCCAGAUCGAAGUUUGGUUCCAAAACCACCGCCGCGUCCAGAAGAAAGCCGGAUUCCCGCCUUCACGCACACGUGGCCCGAGCGGAAGCGUCGAGAGGCUCCUCACGUCGUUGCCUUCUCCUUCAUACUCCCAGCCUACGCCAGAGCCGGAGCAGCACCCGGAUGACGACCCAGAGAAAAAGUACAUCAGCUUGACGAGACCGGCGUUCUCAGGCGCGCUCUCCUCCGAGUCGAUACCCGUACCCACACCCAACGACUACAAAGGCAAAGGCAGGGAAGUGUCUCCAUCCUUUCUCCGUCCCCUCCCCUACCCCGCCCAUGCUUUCCACUUUCAAGUCCCCUGGCCCCGCGCUCCACCUACCAUCCCCACCACGAUGAAACCCACACCCCCGACGAUGGACGACCUAACUCAUAUGUUCGCCCGGAUGAACGUCCACGCCCCACCGCAAGAGCACAAGGGCGAAGCAGCCACGGCCCGCUACACCACCGAUCUGCGGGGGCACUCAGCGGCAUACGUCGGUGAGGACGCAUGGAAGAGCUGGAGCUGGAGCUGGAGCUGGCACGGGCGGACGGGUCUGUUGAGUGUGGAGUGGGGCAAGAACAGUUGGGCAACGAGGAGAAAGUCGAGAACAAUUUGGAAGCCGUAUCUGAAGCCUCAGCAACCAUCGCGCUCUUCUUCUCGACGGACGCCGAGCAGGGGCUCCUCUUCUUCCUCUUCCCCCUCGAGUCGAAUAACAAGCUGGGGUUCUCAAAUUGACUCUUCUGCCUCGUCAUAUACGUCAUAUUCCCCUUCCCCUUCACCGCCUCCUGGCUUCGUUCCUGUCACAUAGGGAACGCGUAGCCAGGCAUAUCUUUCCCAGCCCGCUCUAGUCGUUGUUAUGGCUAGGAAGCGUCAGAGAUGAUAUCACACCUAUAGGACAGCCGAGUCCGGUCGCAAGGUGAUGGGAGGGCAGGGGAGAGUGACACAUUAUACUACCACUACUAAUUCGCAAGUUAAUUAUGUAGCCAUAGAUUAUUAGUAAUCUUCAUGUUCGCACCUGUAUAAAUAUUCUUCAAUCAUGCAUGAAAAUGACGGAGUUUCUAUUUGCUAAUAAGAUACACUAUACAGGUCCAC